GUAGGUUCUGUCGAGGGGGUGAUGGUGAAAAGACCCCAUCCGCGUCUCGUGCGCCGCCCGAUCGCUCGUGGACGGUUCAGAUCGAACCCUGUGGAUCCUGGCCCAUCACCAGUUCACCACCGUCCCGUGUCGACCGCAUCGGCCUCGUCUCGUCUCCCGUCCCCGCCCGCUCGCCGCCGUUCGCCGACCGGCCUCGCCGGCGGCCUUCCGUCCCCGUGGUCGUUCCUCGAGAGGAAUAAGGCGAGAUGGCAAUGGCGACGUCGUCGGCGUACCCUCCGCCUCCUCCGUUCUACCGGCUGUACAAGGACUUCGAGCAGGACCCGUCGUCUGCGCCGGAGCCUCCACCGCCGAUCGAGGGGUCGUACCAGCUCUUUGGCGCUACCUACACAACGGAUGUGGUGCUGCCAAGUCUGGAGGAUCAAGGUGUUCGCCAGCUUUAUCCCAAGGGCCCAGAUAUCGACUUCAAGAAGGAGCUAAGGACACUCAACAGAGAGCUUCAACUCCAUAUCUUGGAGCUAGCGGAUAUUUUAGUGGAGAGACCGUCUCAGUAUGCCCGCAGGGUUGAAGACAUUUCACUCAUUUUCAAGAACUUGCACCAUCUUCUUAAUUCCCUACGACCACACCAGGCAAGAGCGACACUGAUUCACCUCCUUGAGAGCCAAAUACAGCGUCGUAAGCAAGCGAUUGAGGAUAUAAAACAGAGGAGAGAGGAGGCACAAAGGCUGCUUGGGGAAUCACUGGUUAUUAUUGAGGGAAGCCAGCAGCAGGUUAUGACUCCAAUGUGAAGGCCUCUGAUAUCCUGGGUUUCAGGUUAUGACUCCAGUGUGAAGGCCUCUGAUAUCCUGGGUUUCCUGGUGCCAAGUUGGCUGGAUUAAGAUGAAGUAUUGGCGUGAGGUGAAUGCAUUCUGCUGUUUGCUCGUAGAAAUAGCCUAGUGACAAUUAUGAGAAAUUUCUAGCUUUCAAAGAUGGAUUAUGCAUCUGCGUGUGCUGUGAAGCUUUUAAGCACUGAACCUGGUCAGCUCGAUGUUGGAUACUUCCAUUGUAAUGUUUAGAAUCUUUUUUUCUUCA